AUGGCAGUCGGCAAGAAUAAGAGGCUGACCAAAGGUAUCAAAAAAGGUGCAACAAAGAAGAUUGUCGACCCUUUCUCCAAGAAGGGCUGGUAUGAUGUCAAGGCACACGCUAGGUUCAACAGCCGCAACAUUGGCCAGACAUUGGUCUCCAGGACUCAGGGAACCAGAAUCACCUCUGAUGGUCUGAAGGGGUGUGUGUUUGAGGUGAGCCUUGCUGACCUGCAGAACGAUAAGGUGGCCUUCCGCAAGUUCAAACUGAUAUCAGACGACGUGCAGGGUAAGAACUGCCUGACCCUGGACAAGAUGUGCUCCAUGGUCAAGAAGUGCCAGACCAUGAUUGAGGCCCACUUGGACAUGAAGACCACCGACGGCUACCUCCUGCGCCUGUUCUGCUUUGGCUUCACCAAGAAGCGCCCCAACCAGAUCAGAAAGAUGUCGUACGCCCAGCACCAGCAGGUCUGUCAGAUCAGGAAGAAGACGAUGGAGAUCAUGACCCGUGAGGUCCAGACCGACGACCUGAAGGAAAUCUUCAACAAGCUUAUCCCUGACUCCGUUGGCAAUGACAUUGUGAAGGCCUGCCAGUCCAUCUACCCCCUCCACGAUAUCUACGUCAGUAAGGUUAAGAUGCUGAAGAAGUGCAAGUUUGAGUUAGGCAAACUGAUGGAGCUCCACGGUGAGGGUGGUGGCAGAAGUACAGCCAAGCCCUCAGGGGAUGACAUCAGAGCUAAGGUGGAAAGGGCCGAUGGCUACGAGCCCCCCAUCCAGGAGACAGUCUAA